GGGGACCGGAAACAAAGCCUGUAAACAAACGCGUUGCUGGUUGGCUACAGUAUGAGCACACGUACUGUGCACUGAAGCUAAAUAAAAUGUUUAAGAACACAUUCCAAAGCGGUUUUUUGUCUAUUUUAUACAGCAUUGGAAGUAAACCACUUCAGAUAUGGGACAAGAAGGUCAGAAAUGGUCACAUCAAGAGAGUCCCCGACAAUGACAUACACUCUAAUGUGUUGGAAAUCGAGGGAGCAAAUGUGAGCACCACUUAUAUAACAUGCCCUGCAGACCCCAAGAAGACACUGGGCAUCAAACUUCCUUUUUUGGUCAUGAUCAUAAAAAAUCUCAAGAAGUAUUUCACCUUUGAAGUUCAGGUGUUGGAUGAUAAAAAUGUCCGGCGGCGGUUUCGAGCCAGUAACUACCAGAGCACGACCCGGGUGAAACCCUUCAUCUGCACCAUGCCCAUGAGACUGGAUGAUGGCUGGAACCAGAUCCAGUUCAACCUGUCAGACUUCACCAGGAGGGCCUAUGGGACCAAUUAUACCGAAACGCUCCGUGUACAGAUUCACGCAAACUGUCGCAUUAGGAGGGUGUAUUUCUCAGACAGGCUGUACUCAGAGGACGAACUCCCAGCAGAGUUUAAACUCUACCUGCCUGUCCAGAAUCAGAAGGCUAAGGUGAGGAACGGCCAUAUCAAGAAAAUGACAGACAACGACAUCAACUCAACAGUGCUGGAGGUCGAGGGAGCAAACGUCAGCACCACCUAUAUAACGUGUCCCGCAGACCCCCAGAAGACCCUGGGCAUCAGGCUUCCUUUUUUGGCCAUGAUCAUUAAGAAUCUCAAGAAGUAUUUCACCUUUGAAGUUCAGGUGUUGGAUGAUAAAAACGUAAGAAGGAGAUUCCGAGCCAGUAACUACCAGAGCACGACCCGGGUGAAACCCUUCAUCUGCACCAUGCCCAUGAGACUGGAUGAUGGCUGGAACCAGAUCCAGUUCAACCUGUCAGACUUCACCAGGAGGGCCUAUGGAACCAAUUAUACCGAAACGCUCCGUGUACAGAUUCACGCAAACUGUCGCGUUAGGAGGGUGUAUUUCUCAGACAGGCUGUACUCAGAGGACGAACUCCCAGCAGAGUUUAAACUCUACCUACCUGUCCAGAAUCAGAAGGCCGCAGUUAGGGCACAAUAG